AUGUCUUCGCCUCUGCCAUCCACCUUUGCCUCUGCGGCCGCUGGAAACACACAAGAUUCGGCCUCUGGCUCGAGGAGAGAUGUUAUGAAUAGUGGUGAAUGGUCUCGAAAUCGCAUGAACGGAGCUACGCAGACCUUCCGCAGACCUUCUGUUGCUACCAAUCCUUCCCACAGCCGAGAGAACGCGCAGCAGGCCCCAUCAAACACCUCUAACCCUUCCGGUGCUGCGUAUAUCCCACCCCACCUCAACUCCAAUUAUCAGUCGGCGCGUAGUGGGAACGAUAGUACCUAUUCCAAGGAGCAGCUACUUAAUCUGUAUAAGAACCAACGAGGGUCGAAGGACUGGGGGAAAUCGAUCUCAGGUUAUUUUAUGGGCGACUGGAACCCCCGCAGCGAACGUCCACCUACCAACGGAAGUUGGGGCAAACAGGAUGAUUCCAAAGACAAUAAUGCUGCAGGCCCGGAGAUCUGCUGGGACCAUAAGGGCCAGAGUGAACCUCUGGGUUUAAUGGACAUGAACGACGAGGAGAAAGAAUUGUUUUCUACCUCUGUCAACUCACCUCUCAAGCCUCCACCACAAAAUGCUAAUAAGGAUGGAGCUUCAGGCGGCGGUUCGCUUGGGCGCAAAUCGUCGAUCUCUCAUGGCCAUAUGAAUGCAUUUAAUUCUACUUCUCCGGCUUCUACGCGCGCGGCGCCUCGAAGACGUGGAACUGGAGAUUCGGGAAACCCGCUGUCUCCUACCGGCUCUCGUUUCUUCCGUGAGGAAUCAAACACUGCGACUCCUCCUCCAGCCAUUCUGCGUCGAAAAACCGAUAUUAAAGACUCUACGAGUGAUUCAAAAUGGGAUGAUAAUAAGGAGAAGAGCUUUGCCGAACGAGACCCUUCGUUCGACAUUAGCUCGCCGUUUGGGUCUCUUAAACGAAGUACGACGAACCCUGUUAGCACUGGUGCCGUUGGAUCCGCCUCUCCGUGGUCCUCUAACCAGGGCUCAGCCUUUGGUUCAAUGGGGGUAGGGGCUUUUGGUAAUUUUGCCCUUGGCGGCGUUGGGUCCCAGAAUGCCAUGGACAAGAAACCGGGCUUUGGAAGCGUACGCAGCGAAAGCCGGUUUAAGAACCUACUCUCCAAAACCAGCUCCGAAGACAUAUCUGGUAAUAGCAAAGAAAAGCCGUCUGCUAUUGGUCUUGACCGCCUACCCGAAGCCGAGGAUGAUGUUCCCGGGGAUACUGCUGAAGAAGCUCUUAAAAACCGACCCUCUCGCAGCGAGACUAACCCCUUUGAUGAACGCCGUAGCGGUAGUGCGGCCCUCGGAGGCCAGGAGAUGGGAGGGAUUGAUCAGUUCGGGCUUUCAUCAUUCGGGAUGCCGGGAGGCACAUCCGCUCUUCGUGAUCUAGUUGCGUCAUCUCAGCCCCCUAGCCAUACGCACCAUGAACCUAUGAGCCCAACGCAUACUAACCCUUAUCAGAGUCCGCGUGGCGAUCGAAAUAACGAUAACAGUGUCGGUGCUGGAGAUGGUGACAAUGAAGGCUCUGAUAUCCAGCAACAUGCUCGUCUUCCCAACAUUGGCGAUCUGCGUGACGACUCCGCCCAUGGCCCGUUUGGAUCCAUGCCCCGGCCCGGAAUGAUAUCUGACAUUCCUGCUGCGGACCGUAGUCAAACGUCGAGCGUAGGUGCUAACCGUGGCUUCCCCGGCCUAGGAGGGUUAGGUGGACUGGGUUCCCUGGGUAACUCAGGCGGAUGGCCAACAAGUAGUGCGACUGGCACGCCGACGCGGGAGAGACCUGCAUUUGGCUUUGGUGACCCAAUAUUCGGGCCAAUGUCUGACCUACAGUCGCCCAGCACAUCUGGUCUAGGAGGAGGCGGCAUCUUUGGCUCACAAACCAGUCUUUCCAACAUGGGGGCAGCCUCACGUCCAAGUAAACUAGGUUCUCUCUUCCCCCCUGCCAUGCAGGAUCAAAUGCGCAAUGAGCAGUCUCAUUCAAAUGACGAGACUGGAAAGCCACAGGAUCCAUUCACGUCUCUGGAGAAGCCUGGAAGCUUACCACACCCAUCCACCACCACUUCACACACCCCUACAGUCACCUCAGGGGGAACAAUCACCAUUCCUUCAAGCCAGCCAUUACUAGACGGCAAUUUACCGAACCAGAAUGCGGGCCAAUUUGGUGGCUCUUCCUCUAACCAACUUCCUCCCGCCCAGCAGCGCCAGAUGGUGAUGCCGGACCGCAUGCGCUGGAUCUAUCGUGAUCCUCAAGGGCCUCCAGGGCCCCAAGGCGGGGCACCGGACUUUGGCGCAGGGCAGGAUGAACUACCUGUCUUGCUGGAUAGAAUGAACGUCAACAGGGGAACAGGCCAAUUUGGUUUCAACAAUUCUGGAUCUUUCCCUCCAGGGCCACAGGAUGCCCAGACUCAGGCACACAACCAGGCCGUUUCCACCAUGCUGCAGGACCGUAGCCGCCUCCAACAGGAGCAGGAGAAUUUUAACAAGGCUCAUCCAGAGUCCAUCUUCGACCAGCAAGCCAGAGAGGAGCGUGUUCGACAGUUCCAUGCCCUGAGGAUCGCGGAUGAGGAUAUCCCUGUUCGGCGUACUGAGGAGCCAGCCAACCAUCGAGAAGCCAGCCAGGAACAUAGACCACAUGAGCAAUCCUCAGCAUCAAAGGACCAGCCUCAUUUCAACCAGGGCAACGACCAGGAGCUUACCCUUACCCAAAAGGUGCAAAAUGCUGCUUCGGCACAGAGACUUCAGCAGCAACAGCAACAGCAGCAGUUCAACGCCCAGGCUCCCUCUUCUGAGGUUGAAUCCCCCUGGGCAAAGGUAGACAACGGACUGCCACAGCCGUUCCCACCACCACCUUCACAGUCUCCUCUUCCAGCCCCGGCCGCACAGCGUAACCGCCAACACGUAGCAGACAACCUUGCAGCCGAAACCCGGUCUCAGACCCAAACCCCCAGUGAAGUGCACACCACUUCCGUGGCGCCAUGGGCGAAGGAGCACUGCGAAGCCGCCAAGGGACCAUCUCUUCGUGAGAUCCAGGAAGCCGAAGCUCGUAAAGCCGCAAAGCUCGAGGAGCUUGCUGCCGCUGCACGUCGGGCCUUGGCUGAACAAGAGCGCGCGAAUCCACCUCCUGCUCCUGCUCCAGGCCUCCCGUCAACCGCCAACUGGGCCCGAAGCGGAUCUGCCAACACCCCUGCAUCAGAUGCAUCUUCCGCAUGGUCUAAAUCAGCAGGUGGCAAGAACCAGGGAGUCGCCGCCAACACGGCACCGAAGAAGACGCUGGCCCAGAUCCAAAAGGAAGAGGAGGCUCGUAAACAGCGCACCGCUGCCGCUGCUGCUGCCGCCGCAUCCGCAGCUAACCCCCUUGGGGCGCCGGUUGGAAAGCGUUAUGCCGAGCUUGCGGGUAAGAUGACUGCUCAGCAGCCUACUCCGACUGCUUCCGGCGGUGCGUGGACCACUGUAGGAGCUGGCGGAAAGGCCAAGGCUGCACCUGUUUCCAACGCUGUUAAUUCCCGAAACGUUCCCGGCCUAACUCCAAGCCCGACCCCAGCUACUAAGCCUAAAACCAUCAUGACCCGAAAUGCAAGCAUGGGUAACUCUACUACAGCCCAGGCCAACCGUCCCACCGAAGAGCUGGCGAAAUGGGCCAAACUAGCCCUCGAGAAGGGAUUGAAUAGUUCUAUUAAUGUGGACGACUUUGUACAACAGCUUCUAUUCCUACCACCCGAGUCAGAAAUCAUCUCGGAUUCCGUGUACGCCAACUCCCAGACCCUGGACGGCCGACGCUUUGCCGAAGAGUUCAUCAGGCGCCGUAAGCUAGCUGACAAGGGUAUCAUCGAUCCUGCUUCCUCCGGAGCCUUCGGAUCCCCUGUCGAAUCCAAGAAUUCUUCAGAUGGCUGGAACGAAGUCGCCAAGAAGGGCAAUGCAGCUGCCAGCCGCGAGGAUCAAGCAACCAGCAACGCGGCGUUCAAGGUCGUGUCCAAGAAGAAAGGCAAGCGAUGA